AUGUCCAACAAGGCUCUCAUUUUCAAGCAGAUCCCCCAGGGAUACCCUAAGCCCGGGGAGGACCUUACCAUUGAGGCUGCCGCCUAUGACGCCAACGUUGCUGCCCCCGACAACGGUGUCGUCCUCCAGUCCCUCUACACUAGCUUCGACCCUUACAUGCGUGGCCGCAUGCGCCCUGCUGGCACCAAGUCAUACGCUUCCGCCUUCGACCUCAACAAGCCCGUUGAGAGCGCCACCGUCGGCAAGAUCGUCCGCUCCAACAACGCCAACUACAAGGAGGGCGACCUGAUCAUCGGUCAUGUUGCCAUCCAGGAGUAUGUCGCCGUCGGUGAGCAGGAGCUCAUCCGCAUCCGCAAGCUCGAGAACCCUCUCGGCCUCGAGGACCUCCGCGUCUUCCUCGGUCCCCUCGGCAUGCCCGGUCUGACCGCAUACUCCUCCCUGUACGAGAUCGGUAAGCCCAAGAAGGGUGAGACCAUCUUCGUCUCCGCUGCCAGCGGUGCCGUCGGCCAGCUGGUCGGCCAGCUCGCCAAGCACGAGGGUCUCCGCGUCAUUGGCUCCGUCGGUUCCGACGAGAAGCUCAAGUACAUCACCGAGACUCUUGGCUUCGAGGGCUUCAACUACAAGAACGAGAAGCCCGCUGAUGCUCUUACCCGUCUUGCCCCCGAGGGUAUCGACAUCUACUACGAGAACGUCGGUGGCGAGCACUUCGAGGCUGCUCUUGAGGCUCUGAACAACUUCGGCCGUGUUGUCGUCUGCGGUCUCAUCUCCCAGUACAAUUCCGCUCCUUACCCCAUCAAGAACAUCCACAACAUCCUGGUCAAGCGUAUUGACAUGCGCGGCUUCAUUGUCGGUGACAAGGGCAUGGGUGAUGUCUACACCAAGGAGCACCAGGAGAACGUGCAGAAGUGGAUCAAGGAUGGCUCCUUCAAGGUGCUCAUCCACGAGACCGAAGGCAUUGACAACGCUGCCGAGGGUCUGGUCGGUAUCUUCCACGGCAAGAACUUCGGCAAGGCUGUCCUGAAGUUCUAA